GAAACGUAUAACCAAGGAGGAAGGCGAGAGAAGAGGGAAGACAAACGGAUGGCUCAUCGGAGCCAUCGACUCGUGCUACUCCGAUGGACGGCCCGGGCACGAUUACAUGGGAGGAAUUUCUCGAGAAUGCAGAAAGGUUUCUCGUUGUUUCAAACAAGCUGUCGGAUGGAUGGGGGCUCCACGGGGACAAGGAUAUUCCUGGACAAGCUUAUCUGGUUAGGAGGGUCAAACACUUUAUACCGUGCGACCCGACGGCGAGAGAGGACGGAUCGGCCGCCGACGACGGUGACGACGAUCCCGAGGAGUUCCACGUGAAUUUUCGGGAGGACCCGCACGAGGCGGCUCCCUCCACGAGCGAGACGCCGCUCGUCGUCGAGCAUCACAUCCUGUGGUCUAUGAGCUACAGUGUUCCAGUUCUCUUCUUCAAUGGAUGGAAAUCAGAUUUCCCCGGUAUUAACCCAGUAAGCGUGAAUGAGGCUCAGGCGGUUCACGAUUCCAAAUUAAAUUACACGGAAUUAUCGGAGGCGAUUCACCCUGUCGUCGGCACGCCAUUUCUGCAGCUACACCCGUGUCUAUCCCAGGGGCUGCUCCGAACCAUGCCAAAGAGCAAGAAUAAACUCGUCAGCUGGCUGAGCUGCGUGGCACCCGCGGCUCUUAAACUCAAAAUACAUCCGGAAUACUUCAAAUUGACUCACUGAAGCCUGGCCGUGUCUCGAGCAUUCUAAGGAAAAUUCUCUAUCCCGUAAACGGUUCCGU